UUUAAGGUUUAUAAAGCAACUGGGGAAGAAUUCUUAAAAAUUGCAGGAGGUACAUCCAAUGAAGUGGCUCAGUUCUUAUCUAAAGAGAAUCAAGUUAUCAUCCGGAUGAGAGGUCUUCCAUUCACUGCUACUCAGGAGGAUGUUUUGGGAUUCCUGGGGCCAGAGUGUCCAGUCACAGGAGGGAAAGAAGGACUUCUCUUUGUCAAGUACCCCGAUGGCAGGCCCACAGGAGAUGCAUUUGUGUUGUUUUCCUGUGAAGAAUAUGCACAGAAUGCACUUAAAAAGCACAAAGAAAUACUUGGAAAGCGUUACAUUGAACUCUUCAGGAGCACAGCAGCAGAAGUUCAGCAGGUACUUAAUCGAUACAUGUCAACACCUCUUAUUCCCACCCUCCCAACUCCCAUCAUUCCUGUUAUACCCCCACCAUAUACAAUUGCCACGGGUAGCAUACGGGACUGUGUCCGUCUUAGAGGCCUUCCUUACACUGCUGGCAUUGAUGAUAUCCUGGACUUCAUGGGAGAUGCCACAGCUGAUAUAAAGCCUCAUGGAGUUCACAUGGUCCUUAAUCAACAGGGACGACCAUCAGGUGAUGCUUUUAUCCAAAUGAAAUCUGCUGACAAAGCCUUUAUGGUGGCUCAAAAAUGUCACAAAAAAAUGAUGAAGGACCGUUAUGUGGAAGUAUUCCAGUGUUCGGGAGAGGAGAUGAACUUUGUUUUAAUGGGUGGCACUUUAAAUCGUAGUGGCUUAUCCCCACCGCCAUGUCUUUCUCCACCAGCUUAUGCUGCUUUUCAAACAGCAGCUGUGAUCCCAGCAGAAGCAGCGCUUUACCAGCCACAAGCCCUCUUGCCAACAGCAAGGACUCCCCAGGCCUCUGCUGCUGCUCCUCCAGCUGUUACCUACUACCCAGCUCAGGCUGCUCAGCUUUAUAUGAACUACACAGCUUAUUAUCCCAGUCCUCCAGUAUCCCCUACCACAGUGGGAUAUCUUACAGCUCCUCCAGGAGCUGUAGCUGCUGCUGCCACUGCCACCCACACUCCACUUCUACCCCAGCCUGGAGCAUUAGUCAGAAUGCAGGGUUUGCCAUAUAACACAGGAAUGAAGGAGAUUCUAAGUUUCUUCCAGGGAUACCAGCUCCACACAGAUUCCAUCCUCAUGCUUUACAACUUUAGUGGCCAGCCCAGUGGAGAGGCAUUGGUGACGUUUCCAAGCCUGGAUCUAGCUAAGAAAGCAGUGGCUGAGAAAAAUGGACAGCACCUGGGAGGCUGCUGUGUAGAACUGAUGCUGGUCUAACUAAACACUCUCUGGGGCAUGGGGAAGGAAUGUCAUGCUGAACACUGUGCCUUUUACAAAAUAAGGAGUCUUCCCUUGCCACCCCUGCAGCAUCAAAUGUGCCUUUUCAACAUGCUAUGUUGGAAUGUAGAGUGGUACAUGUCCUGUAUUUAAUUUGAAAAAGGGUGUAUUGUAUGCCAACGAUAAAGCAACAGGAAAAUGCGUGCAGUUAAUUUACUUAUUCUCUUAUGUACUUGUUUGAAAAUAAGCAAACCCCUUAUAGGCAACUUGUUAAUUCUGAAGACAGUCUAAUAGCACUUCAGCUAUCGCAGCCAUGGGAGAAACCUAUUGCCUGUUCAGUAGCAUUUGAAGUGGAAAGUGAAGCUUGAGUAAUUCAGAUUCUUCUGUGUUUAGUUUUUAAGAGUUUACACUUGGCAAAGUGUCUGUUUUUUGUAGAAUUGAGAUGUCUUUAUAAAGGGCUUUUGGAAUGUGUAGCGUUCCCAACUCAAAGCAUAUAUCUCAUUGAUUUUUUUUUUCUUGUUGUUCUUGAUUGGAAAAUACGAGGAUGCUGGACCCCAAAUACAGUUGUGCUUUCUCAUGUUUUCAUUAUGCAAAAAGCCAUAUUUGUUUUUCCUACCAGUGUACUGCUGCCAAAUAUGUAAAGCAAAAAAUAAAAACAAUGGCAAAAACAGAAGAAUCCUCCGUGCCCAACCAUAAUUCCCUACCCCAACCCCAAAUUUUUAAUCUCUACAGGACAAAAAUGGCACAUAAACCUGAGUACUAGUAAGUUAUAUUUUUUUAUUUAAGCAUAAUAGCUUUCAAAUACUGUAUUAAAGAUUUUGCUCUAGUUUAUGUGCAUGCAAUUUGUUUACAUCUUUAAACUACUUUAUUUGUAUAUUAUGAAACAACAAGACAUGUUGAAAUCUAAAUUCUCUAGUGCAUGCUUUUUUCUUUUUGUGUGUAUAUACAUAAGCUAGAAGAAGUACUUUGUCAUGUAGCAUGUUUAAAAAAAAAAAAAAAGACAUCUGCUGUA